AUGGAGUGCGAAGAUACUUUCAUAUCAAGAUUUGAAAUAAAAGGUGAGAAGGUUUAUAUAAAGAUUCUUUGGAAACACAACGAAGAUGAUCUGUUUCAUAUUCAGGUGUUGGAAAAUACAUCUAGUUGGUAUGGAAACUAUUCUUUAGAAAGUGCUAAACAUUAUGCAGAACUUGUUGAGGAAACUUUAGAAAUAUAUGAGAAAAAUGUGAGACAAUGUUUGAGAAAUCGUAGUAGUGAUUAUUUAUUUGAUUUUGUAUCAAGUGUUGAACCAAGUUUUUGUUGGAAAAGGAGGUAUGAAGGUUCAACUGCAGUUUUAGAACAUGGUAAGGUUAAUUUAUUAAGAGAUAAAUUACCAGAACCUAAAAACAGACUUAUAGAUUUUCUCUUGGAUAAAAAUAUGGAAUUAACGCAAAUCAUAAAAAAAUCUAGAGAAACUUGUGGCAACUUGUCUUCAGAAUUAGAAAAAUGCAAAAAAGAAUUAGAGGCAUUUGCUGACACAAAAAUCUCUCUGGAGUCUACCCUGUAUAGUAAAUUUCUUUUGUUAUUAAAUGCAAAGAAAAAGAGAAUUCAGUUGCUUGAAGAUCUCCUUAAAGAAAAUGAAUAA